AUGAAUCCAUUUCAGCAGCUGCAACAAAAGGCUAACAGAAUGCAAGGCGGCGGCGGCGGUCAGCCAAACGAAGAAGCUCAGUUGUGGCAGGACAAGCUGAUUGGCAAAACUCUUAUAAACGAUAACCAAGAGACAGAGUUAGGUGAAGACCAAAUCUUCUUGACCAGGAACUUACCGCAGCCUUUUCGCGUAGUGAAGCGCGAUAGCUUUGUCACCAUGGACUUCCGCCCAGAGCGUAUGAAUGUUAAGGUGGACGAUAACAACAAAGUCACCGGUGUCCACUUCUCCUAG